GUUUUGGUUGCCGGAGUUUCGUUUGCUUGCUGGAUUCUGCUUUCACUCUUCCCAGCCUUGAGUGGGGUUACCAUUUCUCUCUUGUGCUGCCUCCAGAUUGAUAACAUGGAGCAACUGAAGCUUAUAGUGGAACAAAUGUUGUUUCAACUCAAACAAGGUUUAGUUGGUCAAUCCAGUGCUAAUGUGAUUGAAACGAUCGGACUGUUGGAACAACUUAAGUCACUUCUGCUUGCUACAGUUUUGCACCCUAGUGCCCUGGCUGCUCCCUACCCCCAGAUGUCCCAGGUGGCUGCUCCCUACCCCCAGAUGUCCCAGGUGGCUGCUCCCUACCCCCCCAGAUGUUCCAGGUGGCUGCUCCCUACCCCCAGAUGUCCCAGGUGGCUGCUCCCUACGCCCAGAUGUCCCAGGUGGCUGCGGCCCGCCCCCAGAUGUCCCAGAUGGCUCCCCGCCCCCAGAUGGCUGUGGCUGCUCCCCCACCUAUAUGACAGACGAAUCGUUGCUUUCACCUUUAAACAUUGUCCCAACUGUGCCCAGAACAGAUGUAAUCCGGUUCCUUGGAGUGCGGUGAGAGACAUCAACCCUAGGCAAGUAGUACCAGUACGUGGGUUGGUCAACGUCACUGGCAAUGGUUGAUGAGCAAACUCAGACAAAUUCACUAUGCUGUCAGGGGGACUUCCCUUCCUCAGAGUUUCGUAUUCUGAACCUACAAUUUCAAGAAAGAUCAGUUGCCACUCUUUCGUAAGCUCUAUGGUAAUCCAGUAGACCGGGUGAGCAAACCCGGCCAACGGGAGAGGUGGCCAUUGUAGGUUCAGAAUACGAAACUCUGAGGAAGGGAAGUCCCCCUGACAGCAUAGUGAAUUUGUCUGAGUUUGCUCAUCAACCAUUGCCAGUGACGUUGACCAACCCACGUACUGGUACUACUUGCCUAGGGUUGAUGUCUCUCACCGCACUCCAAGGAACCGGAUUACAUCUGUUCUGGGCACAGUUGGGACAAUUUUUAAAGGUGAAAGCAACGAUUCGUCUGUCAUAUCAAUGGCAUGUGUGUGAAGGGUUUGGGGCUAAGUACGAGCUUUUGAUUGUGAUUGAGGAUCACGGUGGCUAGCUACCCAUUGAUGUGGAGGUUGAGGUGGAGCUCGGGAUGGAGCUUAUUAUGCACCGUAGUUUUCAUACUUUUGCAAAACUGAACAUGGACCAAACCUUAUAAAUAUGGACGAUGAAGUUGUGUUUAUAUUUUCAUUUGAUUUAUUUCCUCGACAAUCUAAAACUCUGAAUUCAAUUAAUUUACAAAUGGGUAGGUGAGGAUGAGUAGUUUUGUUUUUGUGGGUAAUUAUGUCAUUCACCCAUAGUAUAGUGAGAGAGUUUCAGUAUUUGUUA